AUGUCAGUACUUCAGAAUUUGAGCACGCAGGACACAAGUGGAAGUACGAUGGCGGACUACGCCGCUCACGCUAUGAUGGAGGUCUUUGUUGCGCACAUAAAAUUAGCAAACACGCGAACAUACUUCAUGGAGAUCGUCGAACCUCUGCCGCUGCUGCAUUUGCCCCCUUCGGCCGCAGAAUUAAAAGUGAUUGAGCUUUUGAGGAGGCGGAAGAUAUAUGCCUUCAAGUUAAAUCACUAG